AUGGCUAUUUACCUGUAUAAAAAAUGGAAGGCGACAAGAGAAAACCCUUCGACCCCAUCAGGUCCCUCCAGAAACCCGGAAUCUUCAAAAUCUUGCAAACAUAGAAAUAACAUACUAGGUCUCACGUCAGAAGAACAAGACUCAGCAAUCCCUCUAGAAUCUCAAGUAAGAAAUGUCCAAGGUAGAGAAAGUACCAAGAACGAAUUACAGAUAGGCAUAUCUUAUGAUGGACCAUGUACUCUUUGUGAACAAGAAAAGAAAGCAUUAAAUAGGUAUAGGUGGAGGUUAGCUGCUGGAUUGAUGUUACCAUAUAUGGUACAAGGACUAGAUCUUACCAUUAUUGCUGGUGCUUUACCUUUUAUUGCUUCGGAUUUCAAUCAGCUAUCGCAACUGAAUUGGAUUAUCUCCGCGUUCAAUCUAACCGCAACAACUUUCAUACCCGCUUGGGGUCAACUCGCCGACAUCUUUGGCCGAUAUGCAACUCUCCAAGCUGCCUUGGUUCUCACUUUGACUGGAAGUGCUCUUUGUGCUGGGGCACCGGUAACUGCUUUUACCAUGUUGCUUUUCGGUCGAGCUCUUCAAGGAUUAGGUUGUUCUGGACUCUUAAUCUUGACUAAAGUUCUCCUUGCCGAUAAAGUAUCACUCAAAGAAAAUGCCAAGAACAAUAGCUUAUUUGCUGUUGUCGGUGGUCUUUCUUAUGGAUUCGGACCUGUCAUUGGAGGAUAUUUGACUCAAGUUUCAUGGCGAUGGUGCUUCAUAAUCAAUAUCCCUAUUGCGCUAGUGGGUAUGAUUGGUGCACAUUUUCUUCUUCGACCUAUAUUGCUCGGGCCUCAAGCAAUCAGAAGAACUGAUGACGGAACUGAAAUGGAAGGACCUCAGACAUUCUUGAGGAGAUUCGGUACACUUGACUUUGGAGGACAAUUCCUAUUCCUUUUCGGAAUGGGUCUUUUUAUUCUUGCCGUUACCUGGGCUGGAGCAUACUAUCCUUGGUCGGACGUUAAGGUGAUCGUUCCUCUCGUCCUAGGUUCUCUCCUCCUCGUUCUAUUUUUCGUCUGGGAAUACUUCAUGAUGCCAGGCUUAGCAUUGGCAGUCCGAUAUCCAUAUUGCCGGGCCAUGCUGCCAUUCAAGCUCAUCUUAAGCCGCAACUCCGGACUUUUAAUGUACAUCAACUUCAUCACUGGCAUGGCAAUGUACGCCGUCUUCUACUUUGUCGAUAUAUAUUUCGCGCUCGUCCUACAAUUUUCCUCUAGCAAAGGAGGUAAAAAUCUUCUUUACUACAUCCCCGGUCUAGCAGGCGGCGUAUAUCUCGCCAUGUUUGCCUGCAAUAUAUUUCCACGUCAAACAUGGUAUCCACUUUUCCUGGGCACGCUCAUCGAGCCCCUCGGCAUCACUAUUCUCGCCGCAGCACUUUCCUGGGGUCAUCUCCCCACAAUCUAUGGCAUGCUUGCUCUUACGGGCGUCGGAACCGGAAUCAGACUCAUGCCUGGUACACUUCACGCAAUAGGACAUUAUCCCACACAAAUCGCACCACUCGUCUCAAUGAUGUCUCUUUCUUCCUCGUUGGGUGGCACCCUCGCAUUAACUAUCAUGCUAAAUAUCUUCAAUAAUCAUCUUUCAUCUUCGGGUAUUUCAGUCUCUGGUACUACUACGGCUAGUUUUUCUGGUAUUUCGAGUUUAUCGUCGACGGAACAGGAUUAUGUGAGAGAGAUGGCGAAGAGAGGUAUCGUGUUGGCUUUUUAUGCUAUUUCGGCGUUUUUGUGGUUAGGUGUGAGUGCGAGUGCGGGAUUGGGAAAUGCGUGGAUUGCGAGGGGAGAAGAGGAGGGGAUGGCGAAUGUGGGGAGAACAUGUGAGGGGAGCUUUCUUGGGAGUUUGGUGAGGAGAAGGGGGAGAAGUGGUGUUGAGAAGGCUUGA